AUGAAGACUGAGGUCGGUUCCCAGUGUCUCCCGGGAAGAAUGCAAAGUCUAAACGAGGAUAUUCACAAGAGCUCAGCCCCCGAGCACACUGACCAGUCGGAUGGUCCAACCCUCAACGACCACGAAGAUGGAAAGGCGAUUCUAAACAUCGUUUUUACCCUGAGAAAUGCCCAAAACUCCAACCUUUCCCUCACCAUCAAAAUGUUCGAGACGUUUGAGGCCAAAAUUCACCACCUAGAAAGCAGGCCAGCGCAAAACUCCAAGAACUGGGCAGAAGAUCUGGACUUUUUCGUCCGAUGUGAGGUGCAGGGCUCGGUUGCUAAGAUGUUGAUUAACUCUUUGAAACAAGUGGCUGAGAAGGUCAGCAGCAGCAGAGAGGAAAAAGUUCGAUGGUUUCCGAAGAAGUUGCGAGAUCUUGACCGAUGCCAUCAUUUGGUCACAAAGUUUGAACCUGACUUGGAUCGCCAACAUCCAGGUUACCAUGAUCCAGAAUACAGAAAGCGCAGAUCCUUCAUCGCAGACCUGGCAUUUAACUACAAAGAGGGAGAUCCCUUGCCCAGAGUGGAAUACACUCCAGAGGAGAUCACAACCUGGGAAGAGAUAUACAGAGAGUUGACUGCUCUCUACCCAACUCAUGCCUGCAAACAGUUCCUGGAUGGGUUUCAGCAGCUGGAGCAACAGUGUGGCUACCGAGAAGACAACAUCCCACAGCUCCACGUUGUCUCCAGGUACCUGACAGAAAGGACUGGAUUCCGUCUGCGCCCUGUUGCAGGUUUGCUGAGUCCCAGCGACUUCCUCGCCAGUCUGGCAUUCAGAGUCUUUCAGUGCACACAGUACAUCCGCCACUCCUCAGCCCCAAAACACUCCCCCGAACCUGACUGCUGUCAUGAAUUGCUGGGACAUAUUCCUAUGUUAGCAGACAAGCAAUUUGCACAAUUUUCCCAGGAGCUUGGUCUUGCGUCUUUAGGGGCAUCCGAUGAAGAUAUUGAAAAAUUGUCAACGCUUUACUGGUUUACAGUAGAGUUUGGUCUCUGUAAACAGAAUGGAAUUAUUAAAGCCUAUGGAGCUGGACUUCUUUCUUCAUAUGGGGAGCUCAAGUAUUCUUUAUCCAAUGAGCCAGAAUACAAAGUAUUUGAUCCUGAGGUUGUUGCACUCCAGCCAUAUCAAGAUGAGACCUUUCAACCAGUCUAUUUUGUGUCUGAAAGUUUUGAGGACGCAAAAUCCAAACUUCGGAUUUACGCUUCUAAAAUCAAGAAGCCUUUCUCGGUACACUAUGAUCCUUUCACCUGCAGUGUUGAGCUUCUGGACAAGCCUCAGAAAGUAAAGAUUGCACUAAACCAGAUGAACAAUGAGCUGAAGAGUUUUUGCUUUGCUCUUGAUAAAUGUUCUCAAGUAAAGGUUCUACAUAAAACUCCUAGAUCAUUCUGCUCAUUUACACCUCAACGUGAAAGAAUUGUGAUUUGGUUUGAUCUGCUGCAUGCUUAG